AUGGUGCAGUGCCUAGACGGAGUAAAGCAUUUGUGUGCUGCUGUAGCAAACUGUUGUGAUGCAGAUUUGUAUAAACAACCCAGAGGGCUGGAAGAUCCAGAAAUUCUUGCAAGGGAAACAGUGUUUAGUGUGAGUGAAAUAGAAGCGUUGUAUGAACUGUUUAAGAAGAUCAGCAGUGCAGUGAUUGAUGAUGGGCUGAUCAAUAAGGAAGAAUUUCAAUUAGCAUUAUUCAAGACAAAUAAAAAGGAGAGUUUAUUCGCAGAUCGGGUAUUUGACUUAUUUGACACAAAGCACAAUGGAAUAUUAGAUUUUGAGGCUUUUGCACGCGCUCUCUCUGUCUUUCACCCCAAUGCACCAAUUGAUGAUAAGAUUGAAUUUUCAUUCCAACUUUAUGAUCUCAAACAGCAAGGAUUUAUCGAGAGACAGGAGGUAAAGCAAAUGGUUGUGGCAACACUCGCUGAAUCUGGCAUGAAUCUGUCAGAUGAUGUAAUAGAGAGCAUUAUUGACAAGACAUUUGAGGAAGCUGAUACUAAGCAUGAUGGGAAGAUUGACAAAGAAGAGUGGCGAAGCCUUGUUUUGCGACAUCCUUCUCUUUUGAAGAAUAUGACUCUCCAAUAUCUCAAGGACAUCACCACUACAUUCCCAAGUUUUGUAUUUCACUCACAAGUUGAUGAUACCUGA